GUUUUCUACGUUGCUUAUGCUGGCGCACUAGUACCAGUUUUGUCCAAGCAAUGUCGCAGCGACUUCGGAGCGUACUGCUGGGUCAAUGCAACAAAGGCAAAUGUAUUCGGCACGGACUGACCCGUUACACGGUCGACUCAGCACGUCCCUUUCUGUUGAGUCUCGUGUCACAAUACAAAAAACGGCGGCCUUGAUACCAGUGGAUCUCGAGUGCGAGCUGACGGUACAAAUAUUGGUUUAGAACAAUCGCUGAGUACUCAGUAGUCACCCCACCAGCUCCAUCCUCCUCCGUCCGUGAGGACUGAGGAGCUUCCUUUGUUCCAGGUCGGCUUUCUGAUCACCAGAGGCGGCAAUGGAGGGAGACGGCAGGGAGCCCGAGACGUGGGAGCCGAUGUGGAGCGCACGGUGCAGCCCAGCAACCUCAUCGGCGGGCUCCCUGGAGGACGCCGGCGACGAGCUGGACGAGCAGCAGAGCCCGCCUGCCGAUGCCGAGGACAAGGUGUUCGUUGCGCUACCCGAGGAGGUCAGCGACGGGAGGAGCACCUUGCUGUGGGCGCUGCACAAUUUGAUGGAGGAUGGGUCCAAGCUUGUGAUAGUUCAUGUCCAUAGCCCUGCACAGGAGAUUGCCAAGGUAAGGAAUCAUACCAGCAUGAAACCAGAAGAAAUAAAAAAAUACAUAAAGCUGAAGCGAGAAAAGGCAGACAAGAACCUAGAUGCAUUUGUUCAGAUAGCAAAAUGCACAAGGGAAGAUCUACAGGUUGAUUGUGAGACAGUAAUAAUUGAGAUGGACAAUGUUGCUACAGGACUUGUUAAACUCAUUUCCCUUCAUAGCAUCACCAAGCUUGUCAUGGGAGCAGCCGCAGACCAACAUUACUCAAGGGAAAUGAACACACCAAAGUCCUUGACAGCACUCAAGCUGAUGGAGACAGCAGCCCCAUCAUGCAAGAUAUGGUUUACCUGUAAAGGGCAUUUGAUAUGUACCAGGGAAGAAAAUGAAAACCUUCCUGCAAUACCUCCAUCACCAGAAGAAAGCACUGUUCCACUAUUACCAGCAGGCAGCAUUUCAAACCAAAUGAGAUCAACGGCACUCCCUGAAUUGGAAUAUGAAGUAUCAAGCUCCAAAGGAUGCACUUCAAGUUCAUUGGUAGCAACAGAAAUGACUACUUGGGAUUAUUUUUUUGGAGAUUGGGGAAUGAGAGUAUAUGGAUCAUCAAAAACUGAGGAUGCUCAAUCUUUGGUUACUGAUGGUACAAAUGAACUAACACCAGUGAAACAUUCUCUAACUCAUGAAUCUGGUAAUGUCUACUUUCUACAGGCAUCAGCAAGUAAUCAGGAAGAUAAACCAAGUGUUGAUGUAGAAAUGUGUGAUAAUCUUCAACAUCUGUGUAAUGAAGCUAAGUUAUUGGAUGAUGAACCAGAUGAAGAAUCGAAAAAACUCCACAAAGCCGAAACGGACCUGCUUUCAGCACUUCAAAGAAUUAAAGAAUUGGAAGGGUCCUAUCUUCAUGAGGUGGGCCAGCGGGAAGAAACUGAGAAGAUGUUUUCUAAACAGAGGUUGAAGACUGACGAACUGAGAAGACAACGCUACACAUUAUCUGAUGAAUUACAGGAUUCAAAUAAGCAUAAGCUUAUACUUGAACAACGUAUAAAUCAGAUCAAGUCUUCUGCAAAAGAUCAUGUGGAAGAAAUUACCAAACAUUUCCUCAAACAAUCACAUGAGGAAUCUAAAAAACACCGAAAAAUCGAAAUGGAUCUACUUUCAACACUUCAAAGAGUUAAAGAGAUCGAGAGUUUGUUCCAAAAUGAGAGGGCACAAAGGAAAGAAAUGGAGGAGAAGGUAGCAAGACAGAGGACAGAGAUUGAAGAAACAAAGAGGGAACGAGAUAAACUGUAUUACGAUUUACACGAUGUAAAAGAGCAGAAGCUCCAACUGGAAGUCACUGAUGCAUCUAAAGAAAUUGACAGAAGAAGAAAAGCUGAAAGAGAUCUCCUCUCAGCACUUCAAAGAAUUAAAGACCUGGAGCAUCAGCAUAUACAUGAGGUGGAAAAAAGGGAUGAAAUGCAGGAGAUAGUGGCAAGACAGGAGGAGGAAAUUAAAGCAACAAAAAGACAGUUACAAGGGAUACAUGACAGAAUUAUGAUUGAGAUGAAAUCCGCCGUGAAAGUUCAUGAAGAAAAGCUUGCAGACACGAAACAGUUUCUCCAAGAGCUCCAAUCAAAGUAUGAAAAGUUACUGCACGACAGAGAUGCUGCAGUUGCAGAAGCCAAGGAGUUGCGCCAAAAGAACAAGCAAAGAGGCUCCAUGACAAAUGAACCUUUGAACACCGAGUUCUCAUUUGCUGAGCUGCAGCAAGCAACCAAAGGAUUUGAUGCAGAAUUCAAGAUUAGUGACGACGGAUUUGCAAGCAUCUAUAAAGGUUUCCUUCGCAACACAACAGUAGCUAUAAAGUUAUUUCACCCUCAAAGCUUGACUGGACAGGCAAAGUUUCAUCGAGAGGUUGCUGUUCUCAGCAGAGUGAGACACCCUAACCUCAUCACGCUGAUAGGAGCAUGCCCAAACCAUUUCACGCUGGUGUAUGAGUUCCUCCCAAAUGGUAGUGUCGAGGACAGGCUCUCAUGCAAGAAAAACAUGCCAUCUCUAACAUGGAAGGUGCGCACAAGGAUCAUUGGGGAAAUAUGCUCAGCUUUGGCUUUCAUCCACUCACAAAAGCCUUAUCCAAUUGUUCACGGUGAUCUAAAUCUGGCCAACAUUCUCCUUGAUGCCAACUUCGUCAGCAAGCUGGGAGACUUGGGCAUCUGCCAGUUUCUCUCACAGUCGAAUAUAACAACCAUCAACCAGCAGCGUCACCCUACGAACCAUAGAGGGACACUAUGCUAUAUGGACAGUGAUGAAUUCCAGUCAGCAUGUGAGCUCAUGUUGUGGUCCGACGUGCACUCAUUUGGCAUUAUCAUUCUUCGCCUAUUGACAGGGAGAUCGCAGCAUCGUAUUGCUGGGAUAGUGGAAGAAGCAAUGGAGAAAGGGAACCUGCAUUCCAUCAUGGACACCUCUGCAGGGGACUGGCCUUUGGUGCAGGCCAAGCAGCUAGCGCAUCUUGGUCUUAGAUGCAUCACCAUGAGUGGGGGGCGCCAGCCAGAUCUUGGUGGGGAAGCUUGGGAGGUGAUCGAGGUGCUGAUGAGAGACGCUUGCCUGACCGCUGGUCCAUCUGAAUUUGCAUCAUCUUCAAACGAUGAUUCCACUCCAUCAUGCUUCAUCUGUCCAAUUUUUCAGGAGGUGAUGAAUGAUCCUUACAUCGCAGCAGAUGGGUUCACAUACGAAGCUACAGCAAUCAAGGAAUGGCUUGACAGCGGGGCCGACACAUCGCCCAUGACAAACCUAAGACUAGCACACCGCGGCCUCACCCCAAACAGGGCGCUCCGUUCGGCCAUUCUCGAGUGGCAACAGCACUGGAAGUGAUGCAUUCACUUGAUGCGGAUGCAGCAGCUCAUGCCAGACGCUUCAUCCAGCUAUGAACAGUGCGGCCAGGGUUUUUAAUGGGUUUUACGAUGCCAUUGUGAAACCAAUUGGUAUCAAAUGAACACUCUCAUAUGCUACUAUAAAAUCUGGCGUGGA